AUGAAGCUUGUUUUCGGAUCUAUGAAUAUUGGCGAGCCAGGCGAUGGUCGAACUCGCGUCCAUACCCUGGCAGAAGCCAAGGAGAUGAUCGAUCUAUUCAAAAGCUAUGGCAAUGUCGACAUCGAUACCGCUCGUCUCUACGGUGACGGAUCCUCCGAAACAUUCUUGGGCAACAUAAGCCCAACGGGCGUGAACCUUGACACAAAGCUAUUCCCCUCAGCCGCCAAUCCAAAAAUGGCCUUGAUGGGAACCCCCUACCACCACAGCGCCAAGGAUCUACGCCUCGGCUUGAUGCGAAGUCUCGAAGCACUCAAAGUUCCCAAGGUGCAUAUCUGGUAUCUCCACAGUCCGGACCGCACAGUCCCCUUCGAAGAAACUCUCUGCGAAGUGAACAAGCUCUACCAAGAAGGAUACUUUGAGAAGCUGGGAAUCAGUAACUACCAAUCCUGGGAAGUUGCAAGGUUGUGUGAGAUCUCCGAGAAAAAUGGCUGGGUCAAGCCCAGCGUUUGUCAAGGAAUCUACAAUGCUUUUCAUCGAGCGGUAGAGCCAGAGCUCUUGCGUUGCCUUCGACACUACGAUAUCGCAUUCUACUGCUUCAACCCACUUGCCGCCGGUAUGUUGACCAGUAGAUACUCGCGUGAGAAGCCUGAGGCAGCGAUCGGCGGGAGAUUCGAUCUGAACACUGGUCCUGGAGCUCUGGCUCGUCGGAGAUACUACCAAGAUGUGGACUUCGACGCGCUUGACAUUCUACGGCCUGUUGCGCAGAAGCACGGUCUGACGGAGAUCGAGUGUGCCCUUAGAUGGUUAUCUCAUCACUCGCAAUUAGUGGCCGAAAACGGUGAUGGCGUGGUUAUUGGAUCCAGUAGCCUUCAACAGCUCAGAGAGAAUAUGGAGGCUAUGAAGGGUGGUCCUCUUCCAGAGGAGGUUGUCGACGCCUUAAAUAAGGGAUGGGAAGUUAUUCGCGGGAAAGAACUUCUGUACUGGCACUAA